GGGCUCGGAGGUGCCGCACUGGGGACGCACGGCAGCGAUUACGUCACUGAAGAUUACGUCACCGCGACGGUGUCCUGGCCAUGACGUCACACCCACACAGAGGCGCGGGCGCCCUCUGGUGGCGCGCUGCGGAGCGCGGUUCCCGUCGGCCCCCGCGGCGGUCACAUGACCGGGCGGGCGGAAGAUGGCGGAGCCGCCGGGCGGGGGCGAGGACCCGUGGGGGAAGCGCUCUUCAUGGAGAACGCCCGGAAAAGCAGCAUAGUGUCCCGGGCCAACAGCAUCGGCUCUACCAGCGCCUCCUCUGUCCCCAACACAGACGACGAGGACAGCGACUACCACCAGGAGCCCUACAAGGAGUCGUACAAGGACCGGCGCCGCCGCGCACACACCCAGGCUGAGCAGAAGCGCCGUGAUGCCAUCAAGAAAGGCUACGAUGACCUGCAGGCCAUCGUCCCCACCUGUGAGCAGCAGGAUUUCUCCAUCGGCUCCCAGAAGCUGAGCAAGGCCAUUGUCCUUCAGAAAACCAUUGACUACAUCCAGUUCCUGCACAAGGAAAAGAAGAAGCAGGAGGAGGAAGUUUCUACCCUCAGGAAAGAUGUGAUGGCCUUGAAGAUCAUGAAAGUGAACUAUGAACAGAUUGUAAAAGCUCAUCAAGACAACCCAAACGAGGGGAAGGACCAGGUCUCUGAUGAAGUGAAAUUCAAUGUUUUCCAAGGCAUCAUGGAUUCCCUGUUCCAGUCCUUCAAUGCCUCCAUCUCUGUAACAAGUUUCCAGGAGCUCUCAGCAUGUGUGUUCAGCUGGAUCGAGGAGCACUGCAAGCCCCAGACGCUGCGGGACGUUGUCAUCGGGGUUCUGCACCAGGUGAAGAGUCAGCUCUACUGAGCCUCCUCCGCCGCCUCUGUGCUUGUGGGGACAGGGCACCUCCUGCCCAGGGGCCUGGGGGACAGGCACCCUCCUGGGCCCUCUCCCUCGUGGCUGUUUUUGAGCUUUUCUGAAUUAUUUAUUGUGUUCCCUCCGAAGCCCAACAGCGGCCGUGCAGACACGGCUGCUCCGCUCAGUGUUACCGAGUCUUGGUAGGGACUGGGCAAGAGGGGAGGCGAAGGGGAUGUGGAGCAGAGGAGUGGGGGCAGAGUCUGUGGCUCAGGCAGUGCUGUGGGGUUGCCUGUGCCACCGACUCUCCCUGCAGAGCUGACCCCGGAGCAGCUCCGCUCUGUGCCCUCAGGCCUCAGCGAAUAGCCCCGCUGACCCCGGCUGGGGAAAUGUGAUGAAUGUGUGCUAAAAACGGUGGGUUUCUGGUGAAACAGUAGGAAUAGAUUCUCCCCAACUUCUGGGCUGUCUCACCCCUCCCUCUGAAGCAGCUGUUUUGAGGCAGAUGUGUUCUGGGAGAGCCUGUCAGUGCUGGCAGCAGGAUGAGCCCCUCAGUGCCAGGGUGCUCCUGCAGCUGUGGGUUCCCUGGUAGGGACACAGGAAGUUCCUGCAAGCGCUGGACUGUAUCCAGCUCCUUCUCGGGUUGGCUGUGGCUGUGCUGCACAGAAUGUUCUGCAGCUGCAGCACAAUGUGGCCACAUGCACUCGCUGCCCCUCCUUAGAAUUUUUAUAUACACACAUCCAUGACCAGCCUUGAUUUGAUUUUUAUUUUUGUAAAUCACUGAAAUGGUCCUGGAGUGCUGCCAGUGCCAGCUGUGCAGGCAGCUGCUCUCAGGGACACCUUUGCCCCUGUCUCACGCCCAGUUUGGGUCACAGCUCUGCCCAGCUGAUGGUUGGUCAUUGCCCAGAGUAAUGGGAUAGUGGGAUUUGUUCUCCGUAACCAUGUUUGUGCUCCCGCUCCAGGGGCACAGCCAGGGAGUGUUUAUUUCAGGCUGUUUUGUUCCCAGAGCUGAGGAGGGAGUGUUGCUUCCUGCCUUGGGAGGAGGAUGAGAAGUUUUACAGACCUCACACAUGAAAGUGAUGUAUUUUUCUAUUGAGAAAAGUAAUUAAAUAUUGCUGAAUGUUUUAGUGA